GGGGGGGGUGUGAUGACGCCCCGCAAAAAUACCUCUCAGCUGCUCUGACCCCGCCCCUCCCCCAGCCAGGCAGCCGUGCUCAGGCAUGAGGAGCAGCCACCCGUGAAUGCGGCCAUGCUACCUUAUUUAUGAAGGGAGGGGAGAGAGAGCGCGAGAAGGGGAGGGAAGUAGAGGGACAGCAAGAAGGAAGGGAGAGAGGGAGGGAAAAGAGUGAGGGAAGGAAAGGGCACAGCACAAGAAGUCGAAGGAGGGACCAAAGAGUGAGUGAGUGAGUGAGUUGGGGAGAAGGAUAGAGGCGCAUGCACGCAGGAGACGGGGGCUACAGUUACUGAAGCGCUAGCGCGGACGGCUAUCGGGAGAAGAGCAGGUCCAUUUUUACCGCCGCACCCCCCCUCCCCCCGCCCCCACCCCCGACUCUCCCUGCCCAGGCAGGGGAGGACAGGCCAGUGGGGCAGGAGCUGUAGUAUGGGACAGACUGCCAGUGAUCCUGUUGCCCAGGAGCCUGUCCCCAACUCCGAUGAUGAAGUGGACGAACCACGCAGCAGGACGGGGAGUGUGGGGGGCAGUUCGGAGCGAAGCACCCCCCCUAACAAGCGCAAGGGCAAGCUCUUCGGCAAUCUCUUCAAGCCCUGGAAGUGGAAGAAGAAGAAGACCAGCGAGAAGUUCCAGGAAACGUCAGAAGCUCUGGAGAGAAGGAUAUCAGUGAGAAAGCCCAGGCAGGAGCUGAUUGACAAAGGACUGCUGAAGGAGGUCCCAGAAAAUGAGGGCGACCAGCCUCGCGCCCCCCACCUGAGGAACGGUCGGCUCCGGGCCGACUCCGACAGCAGGGUGGGGCCCAUCUGGCUGCCCCAGGGCGAGGACCGCAGGACCCGCAUCCCGUCGGACGCAGACCGCCGAGAGGGGGCCGGGCGCCGGGGCUCCAGCUUGGAGGAGGUGAAGGAGGCGAGGGAGAGGGGAGAGGAGAGAGACCGGAAAAGCGCCAGGGAGGACACGGAGGACAGGGAGAACAGAGAGGAGAGGGACCGAGACAGGGAGAGAGACAGGGACCGAGAGAGGGGGAAGGACAGAGAGAGGGAUAAUAGGGAGGGGAGAGAUGGAGAGAAGGAGAGAGACAGAGAGAGGGACAGAGAAAGGGAUAGCAGAGAAGUAAGGGAGAGAGAAAGAGACCCGGAACGGGACAGGGAAUGGAGGGACAGGGACAGAGAGAGAGAGGUGAGAGACAGAGAGAGGGGGAGGGACAGAGAGAAGGAUAAGAGAGAGGAGAGAGACCGUGAGAAAGAAAACAGAGACGACAGAGAGCAGGAGAGAAAUCGAGAAAGGGAGAGCCGGGAAGGGAGGGAGCGAGAGCGGGAGAGAGAUGGCGAGAGGGAGAGAGAGAAAGACAGGGAGAGGGAGAGCAGGGAGGGGAAGGACAGGAGAGAGGGGGUGCAGAGCCAGGCUCCGGCAGAGCUGGACAGGAAGCCUGGCCACGGAUGGAGGCCUCUCUCAGAAAUGGACCUGAGGCAGAAGACUGUCCUGGAGGAGGCCUGGAGGACACGCCCCCUCUCGGAGAUUGAGCAGAGGUCGACCCUCCCGCGCUGCUUUCCAUCGGACGAAGCGCGGACACGCUCAGGCUCCACAGGUUGUCGUCUCCCCCCGCGGUCGCAGAACCCCCCCGACCCCCCGCCGAGGGAGGGCUCCCUCCCCAAACUGCCCCUCCUGCCCCCGAUACGGCAGGGCUCCCUCCCCGAGCCUCCCAAGGUUCCCGCUGGCAGCAGCUCCUCCUCGUCCUCCUGCUCGUCUUCAUCGGCGACCUCCUCCGCGAUCGCGAACCCCGAACCUCCCGCCAGCGCGCCCGCCCCUCAGCCCCUCCCUGGCACCUCCGCCCCCUCCACCUCCGCUAGCGUCCCCGCCCCCCCGCCAGCCAAGCAGCCGCCAGUGCCUCCACCCAAGCCUACCAACCGCUUCAGCAGUCCUGCCCUGCUGGCGGAGCUGUCGCAGGCCGCGCCCGUCAAGCGCUCCCCGCCCAUGCCCCCCAAGAGGACCACCCCCGUCACCAAGCGGAACUCCCAGGAGUCUCACGUCGUUCCGGCCGCCCCGGACCCCGCCCCCGACCCCGCCCCCGCGCAGGCCGAGGAGAAGGCCGGCGAAUCACUGCCUCCGCCGCCGGAGCCUGAGCCCGCCCCCGACGCCCGACCACCCUCCCACAUCCCGCCCUCCCCCCCCCCGGCCCCGGUCGCCGUGCCCACCGCGGACCCGCCCAGCCCCACCACCCAGCCCCCCGCGGAGCCCCCCAUCCCGCUGCACCUGCUCAUCCAGCGGGCGCUUGCCAACCCCGGCCGGAACCCCCCCGCCUCGGACCGGUCCAAGCGCGCCCACUCUCUGCUCUUCGACGUGCCGCAGACCUACCUGACCACGCCCGGGGAGAGGGCCUCCCUGCCCGUCACCGUCGAGCGCAUCAGACUGCAGGAGGAUGAUGACUUUGACAUGGAGGAAGAGCUGCGUACUCGGCGCGCGGCAGCCCGGCGGGAUCUGGAGGCGCGCAGCCGGCUGGGCCUGGCGGGGGACGUGCGCGUCAGCUACAUCCCCAGCGCCCCGAGCCCCUCCAUCAGCGAGGAGGACGAGGAGGAAGGGGCCAGCGACUCAGACGCCGACGGGCCCGUCCUUUACAGGGACGACAACGGAGGGGAGGAGGAGGAGGACGAGGACGUCCCGCUCGGGGGGCUGGCGAGCAAGGUGCAGAGGAAGGACACCCUGGCCCUGAGGCUGGGCGGCCGGUCCUCCGGCUCCGAGGAGACGCGGGAGGCGCGGGAGGCGCGGGAGGAGCAGGAGGAGCGGGAGCUGCAGGAGACGUCCUGGCAGAGCAGGGAGCAGUGGGAGUCGGUCCGCUCGCAGAUCGGCACGGCGCUUACACGGAGGCUGAGCCAGAGACCCACAGUGGUGGAGCUGGAGCAGAGGAACAUUCUCCAGCCCAAGAAUGAGGCGGACAGGCGGGCGGAGCGGAGCGAGAUCAAAAGGAGGCUCACCAGGAAGCUCAGUCAGAGGCCCACGGUGGCAGAGCUGCAGGCUCGGAAGAUCCUGCGUUUCCAUGAGUACGUGGAGUGCACCGACGCCCAGGACUACGACCGCCGUGGCGAAAAGCCCUGGACGAAACUCACCCCUGCUGACAAGGCGGCAAUCCGGAAAGAACUCAAUGACUUCAAGAGCACUGAGAUGGAGGUGCACGAGCAGAGCCGGAUCUACACCAGAUUCCAUCGGCCAUAGCCAAGCACUUAGCACCUGGGGAGACAACGAAGCAACAGUCUGCGCGAGUCAUCUGGUCUUGGUUCUCCUUCGUGGGUGGCAUGGCAAUGAACCCUGUGCACGUAAGGAAGUGCCACUCCUUCUCCUGAUGAUGUCACAGAGGAGCAGCGGGACGCUUAUGACGCAACGCGUUUGCGUUGCGGGAAUCUUGGGGAAUGUAGUGCCAAUGCAGUGGAGAGCAGAAGGGGGAGGCUCCAAAACCGUGCUACGCUUCCAGGCCAGCAGGGGGCGCUGUCACAUCGCUCUCUCAAAGGGAAAAGUCCUGGUGGCUUUUAUAUGCAUUUAUUUUACUCUGACUCUCUUUUAUUCAUUCAGGAAAAGUAUUGAUAGCAUUAAUGUUAAUUGAUAGCAAGUGACGAUGGCAAUUAUUUAAAUGACGAGAUGUAAUUCUGCGAGAAUUGUAUGUUGUCUGUGUGUGCACAUGUGCACGCACACGUGUGCACGUGUUUGUAUACAAGAGCACAUGAUAAAAUGUCCAAAUAUAUAUGUGUACCUGUUGCAAUUGUACGCAUGUAUUGUAUGUGCAGAACAUGUACACGUAAGUGUGUGAGCAUUUUGGCAGUGUUUUUUUUCUAAGCCCAAGAUUGAAAAGCUUAGUGAUAAAAAAAAAAACAUUACUUAUGCAUCACAAUCUUACCGUUUCCCAUGUGAAAUAAUAGCAUUGAUAGAGAUGCAGUCUGGUUCUCUUUUUGCCAUCCGUUUAUUACUUGUACAACCAGUAGCAGAACUUAAAGUGCCUUUUUACUGUAUUUUUCCCGUUUUUGCUAUAUUUUAUUAUUACCUGACGUAAUACUUAUCAGAAAAUUUAUUAAUGAAAGAAAAUGUUGAACCUGUAAACCGAAGUCCAAAUGAGUGCAAUUGAUUGACUGGGGAAAAUGUUUGACUGCUGUAGAAAAUGUGUAUAGUGCUCUGGACCAGAACAACAUUUCUGCUAUGUUCAUAAACAAUAAUCACACCAGUUUGUUCUGUAUAUCUUGACCUCUCAUUGUAAAAAGGAUUUUAAAAAUAAUAAAAGUAUUAUAGCCUUGUUUUUAUAAAGGAAAACGGCAUAGGAUUCAAUUGAAUUUUAAAGAAAGGGCUAUACAAGUAUGCACAUUGCUUUUUUAUUUUAUUUUGUUGUACAUUUUAUUUUUUAUAAAACAAAAUGUAUGGAAAAACUGACAGCAGAGUCUGUUGAGCUAUAAAUGGUCACUGCAGAUUCAAAUUAAAGGCUUACAGAAAUUCA